AUUUCUCUCUCAAUCUGCUUCACUCGCCAAACAUCGUUUCUUCGCCGGAACCCUAGGUCACCUCCGUCAGUUUGAAUUUUCCGUAGUAGAUGAACGUGCGAUUAGGGAACAGCUGAGGUCUGACGGCCAGGUUUUUUGUCACCGAAUGGAGGGAGGUAGCGUCUCCAUACACUCUUGUCUCGGAAUAAACCCAUGGAUUAUGAUGACAAUGACUUUCAAAACCAGAAUCUCCAUUUAGCUGGUGAAGCCAACAAUAAAUUUCCACCAGUUUUACAGCCUUAUGCUCUUCCAAAGUUUGAUUUUGAUGAUACACUCAACACGCAUCUGAGGUUUGACAGUUUAGGUGAAAGUGAGGCUUUUCUUGGUAUUGAGGGUAACGAAGAUAAUAACUGGAUUGAGGAUUUCUCUCGUGGAAGUAGUGGUAUAGUGUUUAGUUCAGGUGCAACGGAGUCCUGUGCCAUUUCAAGGCACAAUAAUGUUUGGUCUGAGGCUACUUCGACAGAAUCUGUUGAAAUGCUUUUGAAUUCAGUUGGACAGGACGAAGUUAUUGUAAGAGAGGAUACUAUCAAGAAAUCUGACAAGUCUGAUGAACUAGGUUGCACAAUGGAACCAAUGGAGCCUGGUCAGACAUCCCAUGAAAUAAGUCUUUCCAAAGAGGAAACGGUAAACGUACAACCCAACCCAUCUGUGGAUGAUACUCCAGGAGAGUCCUCUGUAGUCAAGACAGAUGAUGGACAGGAGCAGGUUCUGGUAAAAGACGACUCACCAACCACUGUAGAAGAGGCAUCUGUGGAGGAAAAGAAUGCCAUCUUGACUUCAAAUACCGCGACGGUAGAGGCUGUCGAUACUGCUGGUCUUGAUAAAAUAGGACCUGAGUCAACUGAUAAUCUUCUUCACCAAACGGAAGAGAAAGCCAAUAUAGAAUCAAGGAUGGAAGAUGAUUGUAGCGAUAGAACUGUACCGACUGUGAUUACUUGUAGUGGUGAGUUGAAUAAUCAGAGCACUUUGCUUCCAGAGACUUCCAAUGAUGAAAAUGUUAUCAGUGACCACAUUCAAAGUAGUUAUAACCGCAGUGAUAUAACUAUAGAUGCACAGUCAGUUUUGGUUGAGGCUCAUUCUGAUAGCCAUAUAGAAUCAGCUUCCGAAGCUGAAAAUGUGGAAGCUGAAAAUAUUGGCGAUACUGCAGAGCCUGAUUUGAAGGAGAUAGAGCUAUCUGAUGUCACAGUACUAGAAAGAGGGGACCAAGCUCUCCCUACUCUUGAGGUAGGUGGACAAGAUGUUUCAGGGACUCAAUGCCAAGAUCUCCUUGUCAGCACUGUUCAUACUAGGGGAGGUAUUGAAGCAUCUUUGGAACUUGUUGGGGAAUUGACAACUAAAACAAACAGUGUUUCCGUUGAGAAGCCUGAGUCGCUUAGUCAUCAACAUAUGGAACUUAUUACAAGCGUACAUGAGUCUACUUUUCAGAUGGAGACUGAGACACAUACGCAGAUACAUGUAGUUGAAACUUCAGAAAGUGUUUAUAUUUCACCUAUGGACUCAGUUGAAGCUACAAAAGGUGGUGUGUCUAAGAAGAGUGACAGUGAAGGUAGUGCUCCCACUUCUAAUCUCGAGCAAAGAAUGGAACUGCCUGUCAAUGCCAACGAUAGAGAUCAGGAUGUCAAGAACUCUCCAAUUUUGUCUGAAAGUGUUGUGUCCGAGUCUGUUGGCUAUGUUUCAGGAGGCCCUGCUUCCAAGCUGGCGGAGCCAAAAUCUCAAUCUGACACCAUCCCAACAGACAAGUCAGGGACUAUGAUUGACUAUUCUCUUAACCGUGAAGAAUUACAACCUUUAAAUCCAAAAGAUUUACAUAUGGUAAAGACAUCCUCUGAUGCAAGUGACCAAGGCAGUUUCUCUAAAACCGAGAAGAUAUCAUUUGGUGAACCUGAAAAUGUUCAAACCGUUCCACCUGUGGAUGCAAGUAGUUCGGGGAGUCAGAUGGACAAACAAGCUAGGAAGAUUGCUGAAGAUACUCAGCAAAGUACACACUUUGUUGAAGGCUGUCCUGGCUCUGAAGGGUCAAAGGAUGCAGCUGAUGCUGAUGCUGAUGCUGAUACUGGUGCUACUGGACAAGUUUUGCUGCAGCAGUCUGAGGAAACAAUUUUAGAAGAAACUCUAGUAACAGAAGUUGUAAAUGCUCCUGAGACUCAGUUAGUUCUGGACAAGGAUAACAAAAGUGAAAAGCCUAGUACUAGCUCCUUCGCUAAUCUUGGGAGUGAAGCUGGAAAAGAUGACCGGGAAGAGGAUCAUUCUGCUGCAUCCGGAGGGAUUAUGUCAGCUGGGACUCCUGUUUCACACCCCAAAGGUGAUGCAAUCGUACUAGGACACUCCUAUGCUUCUACAGUUUCUGAGCCUUCUGCAAAGUCUCAUGUAACUGCAACAGAAGACGCUGCUACUAAUUUGAAGACUCCUCUUGAUUCUUUCCCCACUGUUAAGACUUCCGAACUUCAACUUAAAAAGACUGAGACAAACAGUUUCAAAAAGCCAGAAGAUCAGAAUAUUUCGAGUUUUAUGUCUGCUGGAUCUUCGGUCUUGAAUAAUGAGACCCUCAGCAGUGAGAUGAACUUAACUCCCGAUCAGCUGAAAGUAGGGGAAAUUUCCAAAGCUGUAAAUUUUUCACAAGCUACACUGGUCUCUCCGAUUGUGGUGGGAUCUCCUUCAACAUCUAGCGUAGAGAAAACAGCUGCAAAGUCUUCCAAAACAAAAUCUGAGCGGAAACCCAGGCGAACAUCUAAAUCUGUAGGAAAAGAGACUUCUAGAAAAGGAACUAGUGUAAAAGGGGCUACACCUUUUCAACAGUUUCAAAGUGGAGGCAAAACAAAUGCUUUUAAUCAAAGUUUGGCUUGUCCUAUUCAGAUCACACAAUCUACUGAGAAACAGCAAAGUCUUCAGAGCCCUGCUCUAAAAGCUUUUGGGACCCUUUCAACCCCCACGGCAAGUCUACCGGAUUUGAACUCUGCUGCUCUCUCAAGUAUUCUGCGUCGACCUUUCACAGACUUGCAACAAGUGCAACUACGUGCACAAAUUUUCGUAUAUGGGGCUCUGAUCCAAGGAACAGCACCCGAUGAAGCUUAUAUGAUAUCUGCAUUUGGUGGUCCAGAUGGUGGGAAGGGCAGCUGGGAGAAAGCAUGGCGUUCUUGUGUUGUAAGGGCUCAGAAAUCGUUUGUUGCUACUCCUGAAACGCCAUUGCAAUCACGUGCAGGGAAGACAGAGACUCCAUCAGCAGGUCACACCAAUAGCAAAGAGAGUUCAGUGACAAACCCCAUGAUUCCACUCUCAUCACCUUUAUGGAGUUUAUCAACUUCCCUUGAUACUUUACAAUCAAGUAGCAUUCAGAGAGGUUCAACUGCUACUCACCAGCCAUUGCUUUCUUCAUCGCAUGCUCACCAAACUCCACCAACUGCGAAUAUUGUUGGACAUAAUACCCCUUGGAUGUCGCCUCUCCCUUUCCGUAAUUCUUGGCUUGCUUCUCAGCAAACCAGUGGAUUUGAUGUUGGUUCUCGUUUCCCUGUCUAUCCGAUCACCGAACCUGUAAAAUUGACUCCCAUGAAAGAAUCGUCCUUGACUUCUGGCGCAAAGCAUGUUCAGAGUGGAACUUCUGGCAAUGUUUUCAAAGUGACAUCAUCACUUGAGCCAACGAGUACAGUUGUAGCACCUGCUCAACAUUCCACCGGGACAAAAUCUAGGAAACGGAAGAAGAUGCCAGUCUCUGUGGAGUCUGGUCCAAACAUUUUGAAUUCGUUAAAGCAGACAGAGUUAUCUGCCUCACCUCUUGUUUCUAUAUCGACGCCAGUGCCUAUUACACCUACUCCGGCUAAUCUGGGUUCUAAUGCUGGCACCCUGCCCAAUGUUGUUUCUAUCACUGCAGUCCCUAUGGACCUGGUAUCUACGUUCCCCGGGAAGAAAAUCAAAUCAUCGUUGCCAUCUCCAAUUUUUGGUGGUAACCUUGUACCUGAAGUAAAGCAGAGAUCUGUCUUGUCAGAGGAUACUAUGGAUAAACUUAUGGAGGCUAAGAUGCAUGCAGAGGAUGCAUCUGCUCUUGCUACUGCAGCUGUUAGUCACAGCGAAUAUGUAUGGAAGCGGAUAGAGCAACAAAGUCAUGCUGGCCUCCAGCCAGAAACUCAAGACAGAUUAGCUUCGGCUGCUGUUGCUAUAGCUGCUGCUGCUGCGGUGGCAAAAGCUGCAGCUGCUGCCGCCAAUGUUGCAGCUAAUGCUGCAUUGCAGGCCAAAUUAAUGGUUGAAGAAGCAUCCCUUCUAAAUACUUUUGAUCAGGGACUCCCAAAGUCAAAUGAUAAUAUAUUAUUACCAGGCCAGGGUACCCCUGCUUCUAUCUUGAAGGGUGAAGGUGCAGUGGGGAGCUCCAGUUCGGUUCUUAUUGCUGCGAGAGAGGCAUCUAAGAAGAGGAUUGAAGCUGCCACAGCGGCCACCAAGCGUGCUGAAAAUAUGGACUCCAUUGUAAAAGCAGCUGAAUUGGCAUCCGAUGCAGUUUCACAAGCUGGAAUACUUGUGUCAAUGGGUCAUCCUCCGUCGCUCAAUAAGCUGGUGGAGGCGGGUCCAAGUAAUUAUUGGAGACAGGCUCAAGGAUCUCAUGAAGUGCAGCCCUGUACGGUUGUUUUAGAAAAAGAACCUGUGGGUAUUAGUGAGGGAACUAUUGUUAGUCCCAGAACUGUGCAGACUGAGUUGGGUGGCUCUCUGAAAAAGGCAGAUGGUGUGUCUGGUCCAGUUUCUGCCACUGGAAAGAAAAAGGGACAAAAGGGUGAUACAGGUGCAGACUUGGCUAAAAACAAUGAUGUGGUUUUGGAACCAGAAGUUGGGUCAAAAAUUUCGAUUGACACCCAAACUGAAAGUCAACAGAGUAUGAAAGCAACGAAUAAUGAGGACAUCAAGGAGGGUUCUAAUGUAGAGGUUUUCAAGGAAGAACCUGGAUUAAGAACCGCAUGGUACUCUGCCAAUGUAUUGAGCUUAGAGGAAGAUAAAGCUUACGUGUUGUUCAAUGACCUUUCUGUAGAACAAGAUAAGCUAAAGGAGUGGGUAGCCCUCAAAGGCGAAGGUGAUCAGGCCCCUAAAAUAAGAACUGCUCGUUCUGUUACCGCCAUGCCAUAUGAAGGAACAAGGAAGAGACGUAGAGCUGCUCUUGGGGAUCAUGUUUGGAAAAUUGGGGACAGGGUAGACUCGUGGGUGCAUGACAGUUGGUUGGAGGGUGUUAUCACAGAGAAGAACAAGAAAGAUGAAAAUACAGUGACUGUGCAUUUUCCUGCGCAAGGAGACACUUUGACGAUCAAAGCUUGGAAUCUUCGUCCUUCUCUUGUGUGGAAAGAUGGAAAGUGGAUUGAAUGUUCUAGUUCAGGAGAAAACAUCAGCUCGUCACAUGAGGGUGAUACGCCAAAGGAAAAGCGUCCUAGAUUAGGAACUCCUGCUCUUGUGGCUGAAGUAAAAGACACGAGUAUGAAGAUUGUUGAUGAUACAAACUUAGAGAAACUGCCUCAGACUGGUGUUCUUGACCUUGGUGUUUCAGAGAAUACAUUUAACAUUGGAAAGAGUACCAGAGAGGAGAACAAACCCGAUCCACUCCGAAUGAAGAGAACCGGUUUGCAAAAGCAAGGAUCAAAAGUGAUUUUUGGUGUCCCUAAACCUGGAAAGAAAAGGAAGUUCAUGGACGUGAGCAAACACUAUGUUUCAGAGGCGAGCACCAAAACUCAGGAACGGAAGGAACCAGUUAAGCCUGUGAAAUCAGUUGUGCCUCAAAAUUCUGGAAUAGGUAGCUGGAGAGUGCCUUCUAAAACUAUCACCAGAGAGAAACAGACAACAAUAUCUAAGCCCAAGACUUUCAAACCUGCACCCAAGCCCAAAGAGAAACCGGGUGCUGCGGCUAGAACAAUUCCCCGCAAGGACUUGCGUAAUACAACAGCCUCAGAUAUGGAAUCUGAUGAUGCCGCUGAUGCGAGUGCAGAAAACAAAGGUCCUGCAUCUGGUGUUCCAUUUAAGGGAACAGUGGAAGAGCAAACCACAUCAUCCUCCCAUGAUACAGGUUCCAAGAAUAGUUCCUCCUUGAGCACUAAUAAAGGGAAAGUGGCUCCUACUGCAGGAAGGUUAGCCAAAAUCGAAGAGGAUAAGGCAUUGGCUGAAAAUUCUUCAAAAACAUCAGAGGGAAUGGAGCCACGGAGAUCAAUCCGCAGGAUCCAGCCAACUUCUAGACUACUUGAAGGUCUGCAAACGUCGAUGAUGACCUCGAAGAUUCCUUCGGUAUCACACAGCAGAAGUCACCAAAGUCAAAGCAAAAAGUAGCAGUAGAGGCAAGUGAUGGAACAGAAGAAGCAAGUGCACAUAAACCCAAGUGGAGGAA